UUCUAUUGUGUACAACAUCGCGUUAAUCUUCUUCCCGUUGCUGAAUCGAGUCCGUUCAGAGUCGAAAACUUAUGCUUGCAUUCACGUUCCCAAUAAAUUUACAAGGAGUUCCAACAGCAUGAGCCAUCUCGUAGAACUGGUCCAGAAAAAUGUGCUAAAUUUUUCAUCAACAUACUGCGAAAAACUUCGUGGUCAGUGCAUGCCGACGUCGUCGAAGCUAAGAACGAUCGCGCCCUUGAACGUUUUCAUGUUGUCAACUACUUUGGCUUAUGGAGCAACUGCUGGAAAUCCAACGCGAGAAUUAUUUGUAAGAAAGAUUGACCUUGAUGAGACCAAACUAGUGGGAGCGAAGAACGCUUACGAAGAUUUGUUGUGUCUUUUAAGGCUCUGUGGCUUUACCUUAUCGACGGAAAUUGCGCAUGCUUCGAAAAACAAGCCAAUCGAUGGGUUUAAAUGGGCAAAAGACAAGUUGAUGAUAAGUUUUAAACAAUCCGCUUCAGCCCAAGAAUAUGCAGUUAGCGUUCACAGCAAAUUGUCCUUCAGAGCAAUUUGGCGAGAGCCAUUUAAGGUGAGAGACACUGAGUUGCUGGAUUUUCAUCAGCUUAAAGAUGGAACGAAAGAUAAAAAAGUAUUAAUGAUGAGGAGAGAUGGCUCAUAUCGCAGUGCUGUAUUCGACGAUCUCAAAGCAAAAUUCAUUGAAAUUCCUCUGCUGCAACAAUUUGGGGAUUAUGAUCUCUCCAUGUUCGUAAUAGUUAUGACAAAGGAAUACCCUGACGACGAGCAGACUUUUUUACGAACAAUUUCCACCAUGGAUUUGAAGAAGCUCUACUCGAGUCCCGCUACGCCGAUCCUAAUGAGAGUGAUUCUUCCAAAAAUGUCGGCCGAAUCAGCACGGCGUCAAGUUUAUUGCGACGAGUUGUCCGGGGAGGGUGCUACGUACUUGUGCACCGAUAACGCGAAGGAGUGUAAAGACAAAGUAUUUCCAACGGAUGGAGGUGGAUUCGAAUCAAUGUUUUCAAAAGUCAUGCUCAUGAAGACAUUUGUAUCAGUUUCUGCUGUCAUCGGCGAGAAUAAUCCCGUUGAUUCAAGGCGGAGGAGGAGACGAGCUGCUGCCAGGGCUCCAGCCGACGGGGGAGCGGCUCCCGCCCCCGCUGCAGCCGAUCCAACACCACCGGUGUUUCGGGUGGACCGUCCUUACGUCAUGACGAUCAUCGCGAAAAAGAUCGACUCAGACCCCAUUCCUUUAUUGACUAUGCAAAUAACUGGCGAGGAACUCGAUAAAGGUGAGAAGAAAAAAGUCAGCUCAUCAGACUCCAAUGUAAGUGGAUCUUGUGUGGUGAUAUAAUGGACAAUGAAAUCUUACACUCGCAGCAUCGGUGCAACGCCUUUCGACAACAUCCAUGCUGUGCACAAGCAAGGGAAACGAUUAGCAGAAAUUAAUAAAAAGAAUAUUUUAUAAAUUCAGUUGUCCUUAAACGGAGCGUCGAAUUGGUUUGAAAAUUUUUUUCACGUGUACUUCGUGUCUAGCACUGUGAUAUACAUUUUUUUCAGAUUUUUCUGAAAUUAUUUUCCGGAAUUCUGACGCCAGAACCGUAAUCAGCGACCCGAAAAACCUCUCCGUACCAAAUUUCGUUCCGAUUGAACGAAAAACCGCGAACUUAACCUAAAAUAGUCGCCAUUUUGAGUCCGCCAUCUUGAAUUUUUCAUUUUUACGCCAGAAUCGUAAUCAGUGAGCCCAAUAACCUCUCCAUACCAAAUUUCGUUCCGAUUGAACGAAAAACCGCGAACUUAACCUAAAAUAGUCGCCAUUUUGAGUCCGCCAUCUUGAAUUUUUCAUUUUUACGCCAGAAUCGUAAUCAGUCACCCCAAUAACCUCUCCAUACCAAAUUUUGUUCCGAUUGAACGAAAAACCGCGAACUUAACCUAAAAUAGUCGUCAUUUUGAGUCCGCCACCUUGAAUUUUAUAAUUUUGGCGCCAGAAUCGUAAUCAGCGACCCCAAAAACCCCAAGAACAUCUAUGAUUUUGGAAAUUUGUCUAAUAUAUAAAAAUGUGCUCCUCAAAGGGUAAAAAGGAUUACAAUAGUACAUUAUAACACUAGGACGAAAAAGUUUUUCGUACGCGUGUUAUACGAAAUUUUAUAUUACGAGGUGCGGAAAUGGGGGCUUUGUGUACGCGAAGCGUACGCAAAAGCGUCCAUUUACGUACCGCGUGAUAUAAAAAUUAUUGUACUUCAGAAUUGACUCAGUUCCUUAUACCUUCUUCAAAAAUUACUGUGUACAAAUAAACUAAUAUCAACAUAAAAGAAAUAACGAUGCUUCCUCCGCAGAUCGUAGCAACCGGAACACCUUGUUCUAAAAUUUCGAAUUUUAUACCGAGUGACUCGAUUAAAUACUGAAAUUUAGAAUCCGAUGAAGUUGGCAAGGCCGAAAAUAAAAGAAAAUUUUAUCAAACGAAA